AUGUCCCCCAGCACUCAGUUCGCCGUCCCAGCUGGAGCGAUUGCCCAGCUGCGGAUCAUCGACUCAACCACUAAGAUCAAAGGUCUUCCCUUGGACUACCUCAUGACACCCCCAAUGCCUGGCAUGGAAGUCUUGCCGGAAGCUCCGACCUGGUCAUUCCUGAUAGAGACUGACACGGGCCGCAAAGCACUGUUUGACCUGGGCGUUCCGCCGAAUUGGAGAGAUUUUUCACCUGUCGUGGCAAAGCCUCUCCAGACUCGGGGCUGGGGUGAGCCGUCUGGGGAGAAGCACGUGGCUCAUAUCCUGGCUGACGAAGGCAUUGACAUUUCAAGCAUCAACAGCAUCAUUUGGAGUCACUGGCAUUAUGAUCACAUAGGGGACCCUUCCACGUUCCCUCCAUCCACCGAGUUGGUUGUUGGGCCAGGAUUCAAAACAGCCUUCUUACCGGGGUGGCCGGCCAGACCCGACUCUCCUGUACGUGAGAGUGACUUCCAUGGACGGCAAGUACGAGAGAUCAGCUUCCAAGAGCCAGACACCCUCCAGAUCGGGCAAUUCAGAGCCUUUGAUUUCUUCGGAGACGGUUCUUUCUAUUUGCUUGACACACCCGGCCACGCAAUCGGGCAUUUGGCAGGCUUAGUAAGGACGACUGCCGACACGUUUGUCAUGAUGGGCGGCGACCUCUGCCACCACGGUGGUGAGCUGCGUCCGUCCAAGCUCUUGCGUCUUCCUUCCAAAGUCUUUUUGCCCAAUCUGGUACGGUAUCCUGGGUGUAUGUGUCCCGGUGCCGAGCUCGAGGCCAUUCAAACGAAGCGGUCACGAGCACCAGACGAACCGUUCUUCGACCCGGCUAUAGGCUAUGACAUUCCCGAAACCAUUCGUACGAUUCAGAAGGUCCAAGACGCAGAUGCUGCGGAUAAUGUCUUCUUCAUAUAUGCACACGACAGCACCAUCGGAGGCAUAGUCGACCUAUUUCCGGGACUGGCGAAUGACUGGAUGGUGAAAGGGUGGCGGGAGAAGGCGUACUGGCGGUUUCUGGAGGACUUUGAGGGAGCACUGGAGGGAAACUAG